AUGAACAGCUACGCUUACCUCCUGCUGGUGGUGUUCUUUCUUCAGACGGUCGAGCCGCCAGUGGUGCCAAACUUACAGGCCCUGGACAGCGAAUCCGUGCUGGUGGUCGACCGAAAAUGGGGCGACGAAUUCGUGUGGGAGACAAAGUUUUUCUCCAAGGUAGAUGAGCUGCACAAGUCGCAGAACACGAUGUCCAUCGGUGAGCUGCUACUCCGAUUUUUCCAGUUCUACACCCAGAAGUUUGACUGGCGCCAACAUGCGGUUUGCAUCCGACUGCAACGUCCGGGAUGCAGCAUCGACAAAUACUCCUUGAAGCUGGAGACCGGUAGAGAGCAGUGGUACUUGGAGGACCCAUUCGAUCUCAAGCACAACCUGGCAGGCUCUUGCAGCCGAGCUGGCAAACAGAGAAUCGGCGACGUCAUGCACAAGACCUUCACUUGGCUGGCGGGCGGUGGGUCGUGGUCGACGUCAUUCUCAGAGCCAAGCCCGGAUUUCUUCCUGAAGUGCCGCAUCUCCCAGGACCUUCCCCCGCAAGCUCUGCUUGAAGAAUUCGACGACUCUGGCAUGGUCAAGUUGCACAUCCCAAAGUUCGACGGGACGGCGCGUCCGGCACAGGCGUUUCUGCAGUUCGGAGACGCCAUGUCUCGGCGUCGCGCGCACGCGAAGAACGAGAAGUACGUCCUUGACUGCCAGCUGCAUCUGUUCGCCAGCACGCAGCACGGCUUUGCAGAGGCGGCCAGGUACCGCGACUUCGCGACCUAUGACAUGGCCACCUACAAGAUGCAGCUCUUGGUGAAAGCCGCCGGCCAGAUGGUAGAGGCACCGGAUGCCGACAUGCGGCCCUCGACCUCGUCAGACACAUCGGUGGAGGCAGUGGUGGAAGCCAUGCGAUUACACCCAGGCUGCGAAGCGGUGCAGCAGUCGGGUAGCACGGCGCUGGUCCGCUUGUGCAGUGGCACAGAUGCGGAGAGUCACGGAAGGAGGGAGCGAGCGAUGCAAGCGGGGGUCCUGGAGACCGUCGUAACAGCCAUGGGCCACCAAGAGACGACAGUCAAUGUGCAGAUCUGGGGCAUGAUGGUUCUUGUUUGCGUUUGUGGCGACUUGGGCAUCAAGCGGCGGUGCUUGACGCAGGAGGCGGGGGAUCUGCAUAGCGCCUUGAAGGUUGUGGAGGCAGCAAUGUAUAAUUUUCCGGACAGCAAGGAUGUCCAGCACUGGGGUUGCAUCGCCAUCUUCGAGAUCAGUAGGGGGAUCCCAAAAGCAAUCCUCCGAGCGGCAUGGGCGUCAAACCUUGUGGUGGCGGCCAUGCGGAGCCACUGCGGCUGGGUAUCGCUGCAGGCUGCCGGCGCUGCUUGCCUGGCCCUCCUGAGCAUGCCGCUCCCUGGCAGCAGCACUCAGGGCCGAUUUGCAAGACAGCAGCGAGCAGUCGAUGCUGGGGCCGUGGAGGCUGUGAUUCGGGCUCUACAGCACAACCUCUUCAACGAGCAGAUCCAGCAAUUUGGAAUCAAGGCUCUCGCAAAUAUCUGCGGCGGCUCAGAUAAGAAUCGACAUCGAAGACAGCAGGCUGUCCGAGCAGGGGCCAUGGACGCGAUCCUGGCAGCUAUGGCCUUGCACUCGAGCUGCAUGGUGAUGCACUGGGGCAUUGAUGCCCUCCUCAGUAUCUGUUGCGAUGCAGAGUCAAUACAGCUGGCAGCGAGCAAGGGUGCCGUCAGCAAGAUUCUGGCAGCGAUGCAGCGUCAUCAGGACUGCGAGCGCGCGCAGAAGAGCGGGCUGGUCUUCUUGCUUCGGUUUUGCAGCGUGGCAGGUGCGAACGGUGUGGAUGCACGGACACUGGCGGUCAAUGCGGGAGCCCUGAAGGUGGUUGUAUCAUCCAUGGGACAGCAUCGAGGCGAUCAGUUUGUGCAGACGUGGGGCAGCGGCACCAUCGUGAGCAUCUGCAGUGGGAUGCGCUACGACAGCGUCGUCAGACGGCAACGGGCUGUUCAAGUGGGUGCACUGGAGGCUGUCGUGGAGGCCAUGUCCUGUCACCGGAAGAGCGAGGGCCUCCAGAAAGAGUGCUGCUCUGCCAUCAGCAACAUCUGCAGUGGCGAUGCCUUCGAGGCAAAGCAGCGGGCCGUCAAGGCAGGGACGCUGGAGGCCGUGGUGAAUGCCAUGCGGCUGCACCCCUGCCAGGCCGUGCAGGAACGAGGCUCCGUUGUCUUCCUCGUGCUUUGCAGCGGCAUGGACGCCCUGGGCCACGAAAGAAAGCAGCGCGCGGUGGAAGCUGGGGCGUUGGAGGUGGUGGUGGCAGCUAUGCGACGCAACCCGGACAGCGGGAGUGUGCAGAGAUGGGGCCGCGGGGCCAUCAUCAACAUAUGCAGCGGCAGAGAUGCUGGCAGCCUCCGCCGAAGGCAUCGGGCAGUACAGGCAGGAGCGCUGGAGGCUGUACUUGAAGCGAUGCAGCACCAAGUCGUAUCCGUGCAGAAUUCGGUCAGGAGCAAGAGUUUCACUGACACUUCCGGGCCGCAGUUGAAAAGCCAGAGUAGGGCAGAGCCCUUUGAGGCCCCACAUUCGGGCGAGGGCCAAGCGCCUUCAGCCGACACCAGCAACGGCACAACUUGCAGUCCAGACGAACGUCCCUGCGAAGGAAAUCCUGGGACGAGAGUUCACCUGCUUAGCUGUUGCUUUGGCGGCGCCCAGCGCUGGCCGGGAUUUGUCUCUUCGUUUCUCAGAAACCUGGGAACGAAGCAGUUCUGUGUAAGGGCCCUGGGCGCAUGCGGCCAGGUCCUUGCAUGUCUGCUAAGCCCUAAACUCUAA